CCUCACUCCUCUCCCUCCCCGACCUCCGGAACUCCACACACCCACACCCACACCCACAAACCGUCUCCGUCAGACAUGGCGCCUUCCGCCGCCUGCCCUCCCCACUCCAUGGCGUCCGUGUCCCGAGCCCUCCGCCCGCGCUCCUGCCUCGCCGCUCCUCGUCUCGGGUGCGGUCUGCGAGUCGCGUGCUCCGUGCCGGCGUACGGGGGCGCGACGGAGAAGGCGGAGUGGGGAUUGGCCAUUGCGCCCGCACCAGCCACCAGUGCUUCCGGUCCCGUUGCGAGGAGCCGUCAAUUUUUGUGCAAGGCGGAAGCUAACAUAUCUAGUAAUCUGCCGGAGAGCAUACCGGCUGGAGCAAGCCAGUAUGAGAAAAUAGUUGAGCUACUCACCACUCUUUUCCCUGUCUGGGUCAUAUUAGGUACCAUUAUUGGCAUCUACAAGCCGUCGAUGGUCACAUGGUUGGAGACUGAUCUUUUUACUGUGGGCCUAGGAUUCCUAAUGUUGUCAAUGGGACUAACAUUGACAUUUGAAGAUUUCAGGAGAUGUUUGAGAAAUCCAUGGACGGUUGGUGUGGGAUUUCUCGCGCAGUAUUUGAUCAAGCCUAUGCUAGGUUAUGCUAUCGCAUUGACACUGAAGUUAUCCGCUCCUCUUGCAACUGGUCUUAUUUUGGUCUCAUGUUGUCCUGGUGGUCAAGCAUCAAAUGUUGCAACUUACAUAUCCAAAGGAAAUGUUGCCCUUUCAGUUCUUAUGACCACUUGUUCGACUAUUGGUGCUAUAGCAAUGACACCACUCCUUACUAAACUCCUUGCUGGCCAACUAGUCCCUGUUGAUGCUGCAGGUUUGGCCAUCAGUACUUUCCAGGUUGUUUUAAUGCCAACUAUUAUUGGAGUCUUGGCGCAUGAGUACUUUCCCAAGUUUACUGAGCGCAUUAUCUUCGUUACACCUCUGAUAGGGGUCAUCCUGACCACUUUGCUUUGUGCUAGCCCUAUAGGGCAAGUCGCAGAAGUGUUGAAAACUCAAGGUGCUCAACUUAUUCUCCCUGUUGCCCUGCUGCAUGCUGUUGCAUUUGCUCUUGGGUAUUGGCUCUCGAAAUUGUCUUCUUUCGGGGAAUCAACUUCAAGGACCAUCUCCAUUGAAUGUGGGAUGCAGAGCUCUGCACUUGGAUUUUUACUUGCCCAAAAGCAUUUCACAAACCCACUUGUUGCUGUUCCUUCUGCUGUCAGUGUUGUGUGCAUGGCGCUCGGAGGCAGUGCUCUUGCAGUUUUCUGGAGAAACAAAGGACUUCCAGCAGAUGAUAAAGACGAUUUCAAGGAAUGAAACAAGAACAACUCUAAGCUCCAGCUGCUAGUCGUUGCCUUGUUGUAGUUGAGUGCAGUUACAUCAGAGCUUAUUUCAUGUUCGCAUAUUUUAGGUAUGGAUAGCAGGAUAAGGACGCUUAUUCUAGAGAAUACCAUAUUAUUUAUAGGGGAUUUUUUGUGAUUUAGAUAUGAGUUUGCACUAUGAAGUUUGGUGGGUAUUGUAUUUUUAAUAUUGGAAAUAAGCUGUUUUUCGGCAAAGCAGGAAUUCUUUUACAGGCUGUUGCCCAUCCACAUUAUGUGGGCGAUCAGAGUAAUUGGUUUUCCAGUUUGCUUUUUUUGAAUUAAAGCAUUGUACCUACUC